UCCAGCACAGACACACUCGCAUGUUUUCUGAGAGAGUCAGAAGGACAAAGCGAGUGGAUGAGUACCAAACAAGAGAGUGAAAAGGAGAAGUGAGGAGAUUAGUGCUGCAGUAGGUGAUGUGAAAUGGGAAAAAAGGGACAUAAAUCCUUCAACAUAAGGAGCAGCAGUGAAAUAAUUCUCUGGGGCUUGUCCUAGGAAAAAAGUUUCUCGUUUUGUGUGAGCACUUAUAAAACCGUGUGAAGAGAAACUAAAGGAGCAAAGGAUCACAGCUUGAGAGGUUCUAGAUGAGUGAAGACAACACGGGGAAGAAAAAAAAUAACGUGGGAUAAGGCUGAAGAACAAGGAGCACUGAUGGAUUGGAGCUGAAGUGGGACAAUGCUGGCUGAGCCACAGGAAAGAGACACAGCAUGUCGCUUUGCAUCCAGGCAAACGAAAGCAGCAUGUCUUCUCCCAAUGGACAGAAGCUGCACUGGGCUUCACUGCUCUUCCUCAUAGCCAUCCUGCCCACCAUUGGCGGAAACAUCCUGGUCAUCCUGGCUGUUUCCCUGGAGCGCAAACUCCAAAACGCCACCAAUUACUUCCUCAUGUCUCUAGCUGUGGCCGACCUGCUGGUGGGGCUGCUGGUGAUGCCAAUCGCUCUCGUUACCGUGCUUUACAAUUCAGAAUGGCCACUUCAGCACUCUCUGUGUUCCAUCUGGCUAUUCCUAGACGUUUUAUUCUCCACAGCAUCCAUCAUGCACCUUUGCGCCAUCUCCCUCGACCGCUACAUUGCCAUCAAAAGGCCGAUCCAGCACAGCCAGUACAACUCCCGAGCAAAAGCCAUCGCCAAAAUUGCACUCGUUUGGUUGAUAUCAAUAGGUAUAGCCAUACCCAUACCCAUCCAAGGACUGAGCAGCUCAAAUAAUGGAAUCAAUGUAACUUUCAACAGCAACUGCACCUGCCAGUUGACCCUAGAAGGCUUUCGGGAGUUUAAAUUGUACGGCUCUCUGGUGGCCUUCUUCAUUCCCCUCAUGAUCAUGAUGAUCAUAUACUUGCUGACAAUCCAAGUGCUGCGCAAGAAAGUGCAUCUCCUUAGAUUGAGGGCAUGUCAGCGAGUCAACAAACCUAUGGUGUAUACGGUCUUCCAAAGAGAGCAGACAGUUCCAUCUCCACUGGAGAAAAACAACAUGACUGACUUGAUUAAAAAGGACCAAAUGACACAGCGAACAAACCCCAACACAGGGUUGGAGAGUCCCAUACGUCGAUUGUCCACCAUCGGAAAGCGAUCCAUGCAAAAUCUGAGCAAUGAGCAGCGAGCCUCGAAAGUCCUGGGGAUAGUCUUCAUGUUGUUUGUGUUCAUGUGGUGUCCCUUUUUCAUCACCAACGUGACAUCUGUGCUCUGUGAAAGCUGCAACACCAAACUGGUGGAGAAACUUUUGGACAUUUUUGUGUGGGUUGGUUACGUUUCUUCGGGGGUCAAUCCUUUAGUCUACACCCUUUUUAACAAGACUUUCCGGGGAGCCUUUACACGUUACAUCACAUGUAACUUCAGCACCAAGACAGCAUCCAGAAUGCAGCACAGAAACCUGACCAAAAUUACUUUCCAGUCUUCUGUUGCGGAAAAUUCCAAGUUGUUUAUGAAACAUGGAAUGAUGAAUGGUAUUGGUCCUGUAGGGUACCAGAGCCCUUUGCAAAGACAACCCACAAACCUUCAACCCUCCAGUGGUGUCAUGCUGGAUACUCUUCUCACAGAAAAUGAGGACUGCAAAACUGACGAAGGAGUUAGUUGUUUAUAAAACAAGCAUUUUUUUUUUUUUUUUUUGGGGGGGGGGGGGGGGGGG